AAAGAAGGCAGAAAUAGAAAACGAUUAAACAGAGGAGGAAAAAGACGAUGGACGAGAUUCCAAGAAUCCUUUUUUGAGAGUUGCAAAGUGUCAACUUGACUACUACCAAAGAAUCAUUUUAAUAUAUUCAUUCAAAUUCUACAUUUACAUUUCCUCUAAAUUUCGUUUUUUUCUUUCUUCUGCAGUCUCCGCUACUUUUCCUCUGAAUGCAUCAAUUCACUGUAACCCUAAAUUCCUCUUCCGCAUUCACUCACUUUUAUCCUUUCCAUGCUCACUCUUUGCAUUCAAUUUUCCCUCAAAACCCUAAACUAAUCUUCCCUCUUUCUCCCGCCAACAACAAUAGGCCUCAAUAUGCCUUCACUUGCAGGGGAAUCCAGCUUUCUAUUUCCAAUCAUUGCUCUACCUCUCUCGGUCCACCGCAAAACGGCCCCUUUUUGCGGAGUUUUGGAGUGAAAAAUAUCGAUGUUGCUACACUCGGUAAUCUCUGUGUCGAUAUUGUUCUUAAUGUUCCCGAAUUGCCCCCUCGCUCACCGGAGGCUCGAAAGGCUUACAUGGAACAGCUAUCAGCUUCCCCGCCCGAUAAGCGAUACUGGGAAGCUGGUGGUAACUGCAAUAUGGCCAUAGCAGCUGCAAGAAUGGGACUUUGUUGUGCCACAAUUGGUCAUGUCGGCAAUGAAAUUUAUGGAAAGUUCCUCCUAGAUGUGCUUCGUGAUGAGGGAAUUCGUAUGGUUGGCAUGAGUGAAGAUCGUAAUAUCAUUGACAGUUCUAAUGCCUUGUAUGAGACACUUUUAUGCUGGGUUCUUGUGGACCCUAUGCAAAGGCAUGGCUUUUGUAGUCGAGCUGAUUUUAGUGAGGAACCUGCAUUUAGCUGGAUGAACAAAUUAUCAGGAGAAGUAAAAAUGGCUAUUAAACAGUCAAAGGUUCUGUUCUGCAAUGGUUAUGGCUUUGAUGAACUAUGUCCUAGUUUGAUAGUCUCAGCUCUAGAUUAUGCUGUCGAAGUUGGGACAUCUAUUUUCUUUGAUCCGGGACCACGGGGAAAGUCUCUUUCUACUGGAACACCCCAAGAACAAGAAGCACUCCAGCAUUUAUUGAAGAUGAGUGAUGUCCUUCUUCUCACUUCUGAUGAGGCCGAGUCAUUGACUGGCAUAGGAGAUCCUUUAUUAGCAGGGCAGGAAUUGCUUAAGAAUGGCGUGCGUACAAAAUGGGUGAUUAUUAAAAUGGGUUCCAGGGGUUCAAUUCUAGUCAGCAUGUCAAGUAUAUCUUGUGCCCCCGCAUUCAAGGUGAAUGUAAUUGACACGGUUGGGUGUGGAGAUAGUUUUGUAGCUGCCAUUGCAUUUGGUUUCAUACAUAAUAUGCAACUGGUAAAUACGUUAGCAAUUGCUAAUGCAGUGGGUGCUGCAACUGCUAUGGGCUGUGGCGCCGGUCGUAAUGUAGCAACAUUGAAAAAGGUAAUCGAACUUAUGAGGGAAUCAAAUAUCAACGAGGAUGAUGAAUUUUGGAAUGAUUUAUUUGUAAAGAAUUUGGGCGCUAGGGAAAUUACUUUCCUUUCUAACAAAGUCAUAAAUGGAAGCAACAAUAAAUUGAAUCGUGUUGCCUUACAAAAGGUGGUUUCUGAACUACUGCCUAAGCUUCAGCCCGGUCUUUUGGAGGGAAAAGUUGUUUCUUAAUAGAAAUUAGGUCUUAGCAAUGAAUUUGAUUUGGAUAAAUUAAUCCAUUUCUCUCGGUUUUGUGCCUGAUUAAAGUAGCAGAUUCAGUUUAAGGCCUGGAUUAAGGCAAUUAAUACAUGUUAUCAUCUUUAGUGGGUAAAGGCUGAGAUACUUGCCCGGAGAGGGGUUUGACCCUGUGACUGAAUAGCAAGCUCCUUUUAUUCUAUUCCCAUUUCCCUCCCACUCUCUUGCUCAGCAUGUUCAAGUGCUGGUUCAGGAUCAACUGUUUGGUAUUAUACCCUUAAUUGAUUGUUUCUUCAUUUGUUUUUUGGGAGCAGGGGUUUGCUGGCAAACUUUCUACAUCUCUAUACCCAUGUAUAAAUGUUCUAUUUUUUGCACAAUUGCAAAAUUAUACCGCUACUAUAAUUUGUUCUGAUUUUAUUUUUUUGUUCGCAAGAUUUGUGAAGGUAGGAUAUUUAUUAUAUAA